GCCCAGCACUUUAGCAGAUGUCUAUUCGUUUGGCCGCAUAAUCUUCAUCACGGUGACUGGCCUACAGCCUGGCGCUCAUCCGAUGGACCCGGAUGCGAUGCAACGGCAUCAGCUUCACCACGAGCUCGAAUUUCUAGUCGGCAACGGGCUUGCAGGAAAGAGCAAGGCUCUCAUAGAGAAGUGCAGCAGUCGCGAGGACGAGUCGGUCUACGACGCAGCUAACAAGUCACCCAACGAGGCUGCCGACGAGGCGGCAGACGAGGCAGCCAACGAGGCACUCCACGAGGCAGCCGACGAGGCAGCCGACGAGGCAGCCAAUGAGGCAGCCAACGCGGCAGCCAACCGAGGCACCAAGCAGGCAACCAUCGAGUCGCUUCACCAGGUAAACAAGAAGGCAGCCGACAAGGCAGCCAACGGGGCAUCAGACAAGGCAGCCCAUGAGGGACCCGCAUUUCGGAUCUCGCAUCCUGUGUGCUACAGGUCCGCAAGUCACGUGAAGAAGGGUAUCGCGUGCCCCAGCUCCGACCAGUGUCUCUUCAUAAGAGACUCGGAAAGGACCAUGUCCUGCAUCGCGCACGGCGGCCUGCGCGGGCUCCGGGGCAAGAUGUUCCAGCACGGCCAGGACUGCCCGAACGCUUUCGGGCACGAGCCGAUCGCGAGGACCACGCGGUCUGCGGAGAUGGUCGAUGAAGCAAAGCUCACGAACCUCAUCAAAGAAGCAAAGGAUCUCCUGCAUCUCGCCAAGAACAUCCUGGGGUAUACCAAUCUUGAGCGUCGUUACCGCUCAGGGUGCGCAACUGAGUACGAUGCGAGUCGUCUGAACCAGCAUGCGCCCCCGAAUGGCCAAAGGCAUGAAGUGGAGAUGCGCUACUUCAAUUCGACCCGAGUGCAUCGUCACCUGCACUCGGACAAGCUGGCAGGGAUGCUUAACAAUGGGCUCGAUGAAGCCGGACUGCUCGCGAAGAUUUUCAAAAAGCCGACCUAUCAUCCCACGGUGAACCUCCCGCCGGACAUGUACAACGCCAUCUGGGAUUCUUCCAGCGCCGGCAACGUUCCCUGGGUUGGGGAAGUGGGGCCUUUCAUAAAGGGCAAACACUUUCCUAUCAUUCGCGGCAAGGUGUCAGUCUGGGAGGCCCCCCGCGAACUGGGCGGACGUCGCGGAGUCGAGGACUUGAGCGCUGUUGUCGCUACGCCCUGGUGGGGUGCGAAAGCCCCCAUGGGGCGCCGCAUCACCCGGCCAUUCCUCACUCAAGAACAAAACAAGGCCCUGCCCCAGGCGUGGUUCCAGGAACCAACCGACAAGCUCUACGAGAUGCUGGAGACGAGAACGCCUCGGGAGCUCUUUCAGUGGUUCUUGCACCCAGUCUGGGAUCAAGUGGGCCAGUACAGGCUUAGAGGAUCUCGGAGGCACAUUGCCGACAGGUUUUACUCCAUCCACGCCACGCUGCCCGACCAGGUCGAUUGGACCGGCGCUGCAGGCGAUCCUGACCAUGUUCAGCCAGGGCCUGCUGCACGCAUUCGCUAUCCGACGAGGGAGAACGAGCCCCUCGCGGACAGUGCGUUGGGCAGGAGGACGCUACUACACGACGUCGCGGCAGUGACCUCUUUCGAGGGGGCAGCGUUCGAGGACCUGGAGGCUCGCGCGAACGAAUUUCCGACCUACCGCAACGUUCGGCCCCCGCGCCAGCGCCCCGCAUGGGGCGGCGACCCACGGCCGCUCGUCACAUUGGAGGGCCGCAGGGCGUCGCGCAAACAGGACUACCAGGUCGAGUACGCGGACAGCCUUUAUCACUACGAGCGGCUGAAGCGCUCUGACCAUGUGUCUCCUGACCCCGAGCAGCGCCGUCUCCAGGGCCCCCCCGACCGUAAGUUCGACCCGAGUCCCCUCUACAUUGCGCCCUCGCCGCGCGUCGACCUUCGUCGGCAGCUGAGGCUCCGGGCGCACCCCCGCCAUCCCACGCCCAUGGCGAGGGUCGUGCUCCAGAGCCUCAGGCCCCGGGCACUGCCCCGCAAGCCGCCUCCUCAGGUGAUGGCUCCGCCCGGAGCGCCUCCGCGGUCGGCGCAGGCCCCGGCGGAUCCGCCCUCGCAGGCGCCGCCGCGGAAGGAGCCGCCCUCGAACUUGCCGACGGGGAAACCCCCGCCUCCGGGAUGGAAGCCGCGGCCAGUGGAUGGUCGCACGCCGCCGUCGCCGCCUCCGAGCAGUUACUCGUCAGCAGGGGACCAGAGCAAGCACCCGCCUACGACGCAGCCGAGGCAGAAGAGAGCGCCUGCUGCGCCUCACCCUGGCCCUGCCGCAGCCCACGCGGAUGGCCGGGAGCAGCAGGCACUUGGCGACUACGCAAGCGAGAACAAGGCGGGAUUGGAAGAGCGCCUGCGCAGAGCGCGCGACGAGCGCGAGGCGGCCAACCGCCCCCCGCAGGCGGAGAUUCCGGCCCUCGAACCAGCCCAUGGCUCGGAUGGCAUGGACCAGCAGGUGACCAGCAGUUACGCGACCGGAGCAUCAGCGGGACUGGAGUCACGUCUCCGUCGGCUCCAGGCACGUGGCACUGCACAGGGCGAUGUGCAUGACGCGGGGAGCGUAGGUACCCAGGGCCAUGCCCACGGUACCCGGUCAACCGAACCGGCCCAACAGCCCAUGGCUGGCCGCUCGGAAGCAGACGACUCCAAGACGGCAAAGAAGCGGAACAUAUCUGCUCUUGCCGACAAGAUGGGAGUACACGGCUACUGGAACGCCCUGGAGUACUGCUACGAGCGGCACAAGAAGGAGAGCAGACCCGAUCCGCGUCUGGUCCUGAAUGUCUUGCCAGACAAAGGACCGAGGCCAGCUUACAGUACCGCAGCGGAGUCAAUUGGCAUGGCCCUCGCCUACGUCAUCAAGCCGGAGGCGGCCGGCUGCUGGGAUCCCUUCCCGUAUCCCGGGGGAGGUGGCUCUGACCGCAGCAUUUGGGACACGCUUGCGCCCCGCGCGUUUGCACGGGGACAGAACGGGAUCAACCUCUACCAGGAAGCUGGCCUGAACCCCAGGAUGCUCUUACUUCGCGGCUCAGAGCUGUAUCACCGAGGGGAGCACCCGGAGGGCGACAACUGGCACUUCCUCCCGGUAGGAGAUAACUACGCGUACGCCGUAGACUUCGUCAAGUACAUUAUCAACGCGGCGAAGGUGUGCUACGAGCUGUGCUGCCCCGUGUUCGACGUGGCGGAGCGCCCCUACGGCACCCCCGCCAAUGGCGUCGACUCCGGAGUAUAUGUUUUCCACGAUGGCGACAUGAUCCAUGUGUUACACCAAAGCUACAACCGUGGUGCAGAAUUUUGGAGCGACGGCAACAUCGUGACCAUGGUUUUCAAGCUCGCAACCCCGCCGGCGGCAGAAGGUGGCUUCUGCCCUAUCGACACGGAGCCAAAGGGGAGGAAGCAGUACGUUUGCGGCGUGCCAGAACUCAUAGUUAAGCUGUCGCUACGACUGUAUUGCAUGACCCCCAGUCAGGCUAACCGACUACAGACCUGGGUGUUCCAUCCGCAACAUUCUCGCCACUACGAGGCGGACUUCAAGGCGCUCGUUGACCCCGCUCCUGCUCUGGAGGAGGAAGUUGCGCUGUGGCGGAUUGAGAACGAGAUAACCGAUCAGCUCCUGGAGGAGCAGCCCCGCACAGACUUCGACAAGGCAAAUGCGAAGAGACAGGUGCGGAGCCGCUUCUAUUCGACGAAACAGAAGGAUAUCGUCGCUGAGUUCAAGGAGAUAAGCGCAAAGAUCACCGCCCGGGAGCACCAGAUUUUCAGCCUCCGCCUCUGCCAGAGGCUCUCCACCUACGCAGAUUUCUCGGCCGAUCCGCUCCUAGACCACAUCCGGCGUUUGCCCGAGGGCGAGCGGUCCAGAGUGGAUAGAUACCUGCGAGCCCGAUACAACACGAUCGAGAGCCGCAACCUGCCCGGGCCAGACCAUGCUCUGGCGCCAAUGUAUCCUCACUUGCGCCCGAAGCUUUAUGCAACCGCGAGCGAAGUGGGGCGCGGUGGGGCCCUCCGCCUUGCCGGGCUGAUCAUUCACCUCCUUCGCCACAGCUCGGCCCAUGUGCUGAGCCGGGGCGGAUGGGGCGAGGUGGAUGUGCUGAUCAAGGUGCUAACGGACGUCGGAUUCGACCGCCCGUGGGCCAGGUUCAUGCGCGCCGCUGCCGUGCUUGACCCACAGGAUGUCCAGAUGCUGGGGGUGGAAAUGGACACAGCAGAUGAAGGCCCCACAUCCCGCCCCAUGGACUGGGAUGUAGUAUUCUCCGAAGUUUUCCGCAAAGGCGUUGGAGCAUCCGAGGUCUGUGGAGACACGGGCUCAUCCCUGGCGGAGAGUGAAGCAGAGAAAAUAUUCGUGAUUCCAUCGACACGACUGCUUUUCAUCGGGGCUGUGCACGGCGAUUCGCUAAGGGUCAUCAGUCCAUACCUUCGGAAUGUACGGUAUAAUCCCAGCUUGUGCGAGAAACACGGAGCCCUGCUUAUACCAGUAGAUGCCGCUGACGUCCGUCACAGUCAGGAUGGGCGGGUGGCUCCCUCGCACGACGAAGCUACAGGCAUCAGACAAUGCAACGCUGUGGCUUACACCGUUGCGCUUUCUCCGCAUGCAUCCAAGAUCAAUGAUCGCCAUGCGCUGGCGCCGGACCACGUAUUCGAGCCACUAAGCUUUCAGGAAGCACGAGCACUGGUUUGUCGAGAUGCCGAUCGGGUCCGUUUAGGAAAAGCAACCAAUUCCCCGACAUUCCUUCACCGGGGCGGCGUCUCAAAAGACUUUGUUGGGAAUACUAACAGAUCGGCGUUCGACUUCCACUUGUCAAACUUCGACGGCAAACACUUCGCCACCAUGGGCUCGAGGCGCAUGGAGGCGCACCCACAUCGGAUAUUGCCGACAGGACAAAUCUUUACGGACAAUAUCCCACACUGGAACAACAUCUGGCAGAUUUUCGCCAUCUCCGAGUCGCCUGGCAACAAGAUGUCGUGGCACGUCGCUUACGACCGACGUCUGACCAUUGUUCAGGUCGUGCCCAGGCACAGGACUUGCUGCGUCGAUAUACUGGAGCCCAACAAGUACAUCCGGGCCGGCUACUCAGAGGACCGGAUGGACGCAGCGCUGUGGGCGGAAAUCAGGCAGCCGCCUGGCUGGGAUGAUGAUGCAUGCCUCGUUUGCCACAUGGGUCACAAGUCCAUAUACGGCAUGAUGGGUUGUUCAGUAUGCUGGGAAGACAUCAUCUACGAGGGCCAGGACAUUCACCAAGCUGACCUCAGGCUACCCAUCAACCAGCACCGCAGUACUAGGGCGGCCCACGAGCUCGUCACAUACUUCACAACACUCGACGAGCCUCUGGAAUAUCACCGGGCGGACACUCUUGCCUCUUGCGAGGCACAGGUCCGCAAUAUGCGGUACGAGCCGCCCGAGUUCUCCGUCUACGACCCAGACCUCUUCAAUGACUUCGAUUGGACGCAGAUUGACGCGGACAACACAGAUAAACGCGCCAUGCGCGUUCAUCUCACGGAAGUGGGCCAGUUUCGCACGACGCUGGCGCGCGAGCUCAACAUCCUGAAGGCGCACCGCGAGCUGCUGGAGCUGGUGCACAGGGGCAUAUAUAGAAACCGAUCAGCUCUGCCACAUGUCUCCUCUGACGCGCACCUGAUCGAGGCGUGUGUGCAGUAUUUGUUACAGUCGCACGCUUCGGCGUUCAGACGCGGUCAGCGGGCCACGCUGGACACAUUCCAGCACGCAGCAGUCGAGUUGCGGCCGCUGCACGUGUACGAGGCUGCGGUAUACGCGUUGAACAUGUGGCAACAGCAUGGGGCGGCGCCACCCGAGUCAGACGAGGCGCCCAAGAUUGCGGCGGAGUGCCCUUUCGGCAGCAGCCGCUUGAGCAGGCUGACGCUGCGAUUCUCCGACAGUGGGCUGGAGGAUGGUUUCGCCAAGCACCGCGGGCCGAAGCUCAUCUCCAACAUGCGAAAGUGCGCGGCGUGCGGUACCAUUUUGGCCAUAGCGUGCCUAAUCAUUGAUCGGCCCUGGGACAAUUCUAUCGAGCGCUACGAGAGUCCCCAAGACAUGCAUGCGAGAGAGAGCGCACGCGGGAUAGUAUUGGGCCUAGGUCUCUUAACGCUGAGCACGUUUACGGUGUGGUCUAUCCCCUUCAUGGUCAAAGCCCAUACGUGUGCGCUGGAGAUCAUGGCCCUUUGUGUUAUUUCUAUGGGGCUCAUAGUUUAUAUAUUUUCAACGCCAUGGUACAGUGCAUGGGCUUUAGGCUACAUGCCAGGGGCGGUUAUUAAAGGAUCAACUGAUACGAACUUGGUGCUGUUCAUUGUUGGUAUCCAGACGACUACCAAUAUGGCGUUGCCGAUCCGAUUCUUUAUCGGUGUGUUUCUGAAUAUCGUGUGCAUUCUAUGCUACUCCGUUCCAGUUUUCGUUUUUGGGGGACCCGAGAUGCAGAAUGCCUUUAUUCACCUGUGGUUCUUAGUAUGCAUCGUUGUUCUGGCAGCGGUAGGGAAGCACAGCCUCGAGUACCACGAACGUUUCUUGUACGUUACCCUCCUCAACGAGAAGCGUCUGCGCUUCCAGUCAGAGUUCGCACUGUCCAACAUGCACCCCGAUGUGCACCCCGAUUUACCUCGUCAGCUUCCUUCCUUGAGCGGAGAGUCGGUUCCGUCAACUUCUGAUUCGGCACGGGCCUUCGCGCUGGACACUGAUACGCACGAGUGUGUACGACGACUUGCGCAGAUAGGGGAGAAGGAACAAUGGUUGAUCCAGCAAGACGACCUGAGCAUGGAGCCGCUGCACCUGCUAGGCGAAGGUGGGUUCGGAAAAGUUUACGCGGGGCUCUACCAGGGAGCAUCCGUGGCAAUGAAG